AUGUCCCUGAGGACCGAAGCACCGAGGGUGUGGCCAUGUGCCCGCGUCAGCGUGGUCGCCCCAGGUCCGGUCGAGACGGAUCGCUGGUAUGAUGAAUGCAAGCUCAACCCCGACCAACGCUAUCUCGAGGCGCAAGCAACGACUGCUCUGUAUGAGCCUAUUCCGGUCAAGGCGGUUGCAAUGACGAUUAUGUCACUCGCAAGCCACAAUUUUAGCAGCCAUGUCCACGGCCAAGUAGUAAAUGUGGAUGGUGGUAAGCAAGGCAAGGUCAUGCGGACGAAGGAGGAGGUAGCAUGA